GAGAAGGGACUGAAUCUUAGGAAGAAAGAUCAUCUCCACCACUGGGUGAAAAACACAACCUUACUAGGUGGCUGGGCCUGCUGUAGCCGGACCUGUAGAGGAGCAUCUAAGUUGCUUGUUUACCAUCAUGAAAACGGCUGAUGACCAGACUCUGCAUAUGAAGAAAACUGAAGCCCCUCAGCAUCAAUGUGAGAUUUGCCAUCGCCCAUUUUCUGACAAGAGGAUGUUGAGAAAUCAUCAAGAAUCUGUUCAUAAGAAAGUGAAGCCUUUCCUUUGUAAUUACUGUGGGUAUUCAACUGCUUCUCGCUCCACUCUCAAGAUGCACAUGCGGCAGCAUACAGGUGAAAAGCCAUUUGCAUGUGAAAAGUGUAAGUACCGCACUUCUGAUCACAAUUCUCUGCGGCGACACAAGAUGCAGCAUUCAGGUGUUCGGCCAUAUCGCUGCCCCUACUGUGACUAUGCCUCCAUUCAGUCCACCACCUUUAAAGUUCAUCUUAAGGAUAAGCAUCCUGGCCUGGCUCAGAUAGAUGGCAUCAUGUUCACAUGUGGUGUAUGCUCCUUCAAAACUGUAAAGCGAGACAAUUUUCUUGCACAUGUAGCAGAGCACAGCAAAGGAGAAGGCAAGAAACGACAACCAGUCUCCCCAGCUUCAGUCAGCAAGACUGAGGAACCUCCGGGUAUUUAUGGAGAUUUGGCACCAUCUGCUCCUCACGUUGUCAAUAUUGAUGUUGAAAGUGGCAGAGUUACUGUUGAGAGUCCACAGGACUCAGAUUUUCUCAGUUCUGUCCAUAUGCAGGCACCAGUUCCUGGACAAGUGAUCAUGGCAGGUGACAAGUAUAUAUAUGCUGCAGUGGAUUCCUCUGUUCUAUCCCAGGUGAGAUCUGGUGAGAGAAUAGUACAACUGUCUCAGGAUGUGGUUGGAGUUCCAUUAACUCUUCCUUUGGAGACCACAGCCUCCCCUUUGCAGGGCUUGGUUUAUGUGGCCACCAACAGUCAGUUGAUGAAGAGGUGAAGAAAGGCGGAUGGGAAAGUAAGAGCAUUGAGGAGUUUUGGAAAGAAAUGAGAAAAGUAGCUUCAUAUGGACAACUAUCAACCUUCAUGCUGAGAGUAAACAGCAUUAUCCCAAAGUACAGCAGAAGUUGAAAGAACAUUCUCGAAACUUAAAAACAACAAAUCAAAACUUAAAAAUAAGUUAUCGACUAAGACAUUGGAAUCAAUAAUUAAAACAUGUGAGAGAUAUCCAUCAAAUUUUGCCUUGACCCCUUCUCUGUGUAAGCUGUAUUCAAGUGCAAGAACAAGGUACUUCUCAAAAUACUCAGAUAAAGAUGAAAAUGCUAUGUUCGUUGAAGCACAAGAAUCUUCAUAAUCAUCAUCAACCUGCUAAGCAUGUAAGUAAACAUUUUUCUUGCAUGUGUAGUCUAUUUCACUAUAUAAUUACGAUUUGUGAGCAUAGGGGAAUGUAGGGGAAAAUCAUCUUGGCUGUAAGGAAAAUUAGUCAUGGAAGCGUGGCAACACUGUUACUACAGCGUGUCAGUUCCUGCUCAACAUGGAGGAGGAAGAGACCGUCUCCGUGAGCCAUAAGAUUUAUUUGGCCUUCCUGAGUCCCUUGCCUAUGAAAUAUUCACAUCACCCUUGAAGAUAUUUCGUUUGUGAGUAUGUGCAGUCCCCAUAAGUAGCAGGACUGUAGGUAGAUGGAUACUUACCAUUGGAGUUUUGAAAGUAAAUUUUCGUCUGAUAUAGUGGUGAAACAGGUAAAUACAGAAAAAGAAAGUAAAAGCUGGCAGCUUGUUUAUGUUGAAAUGAUUAAAGUUGGUGGCGUUUUCAAUCUGUUUAAUUUGUUUUUAUGUAUUUUGCUGUUGGUGAAAGUUAAUUUACAACCCACUACUUAGUGACUCAGGGUGACAUUGAACCAGACUAAGUAAUAGUUAAGGGAGGUUUACGUAUUUGGAAGGUAAACUGAUAGUAUAAAAUUUUGGGGUUAAAUUAUAGAGGUUGACUUGUGUGCUAGAUCGACUUAUAAAUCGCAAUAUACUGUAUCUGUUAGGUUAGUUUUAGUUUUAAGUUAACUUAGAUUAAGUUGGUUUUACUUUAGUUCAUCAGGGAAACCAAAAUAGAGAAAAUUUUGCAGUUCCUAAAAAAAACAAAAAACAAAGGAGUCAAACAACCUUUUUUGGUAAAUGAAGGACCCAUUUGUGUUAUCCGGACAUUUUUAUUAUCUUAACCAGUGCCUGUACCAGGAAAAAUAAAAAAUAAAAAAGUUCUAAAAAACGAGACAGCCAGACAUUACCCUACGGAACGAGCUCAGAGCUCAUUAUUUCCAAUAUUCAGAUAGGCCUGAGACCAGGCA